GAUUAUAGUUGCUUCAAAUUAGAUUACGUAACCCCUUCAGUAGUCCUUGUACACUGCUGAGAGUUCCUGGCUAGUUUCCGAUGUCAAACCUUUCCUUUACGUUGUACCUUGUUGCAUUCCUAUUGCUGUGUCUUGGGUCAGCUCAGGGAAAAUUCGAAUCCGAUAUAUAUGAUGGAAGUUGCACGGGUGAUGGAGGCAAUUUGGAACCCGUAGGAACCAGUGCACUCGAUCGAUUUAUCAGGAAGGCCCAAGGAAAGUUUUGGUUCAGAAUAGCCGUUCGAUGGAUCACAGGCAAGUUAAAAGAUCCAGAAUCAGGGCUCAGUAAGAUGAUGGGUAGUGCUGCUGCGAAUCCACUCGAUUGGGACGACGCUGAUACCUUCAACUUUACACCCCCAGAGGAACCAGCGCCUAUGUACCUCCUCAAUUUUAUGGCAAAGAUCAUGGGAAGCACUAAGACUGUAUACACCUAUCUUUGGAAUUAUGGAUUCAUUCCGAAAGUGUUGAACUUAUCCAAAAAGGCAACAAAUAAUUUCAAUGGUGCAAUACCUCCAUGUGCAUUGACGAACGCUAUUAGGGAAUUCCAAAUCUUCAACCAAAUCGAACCCGCUGAUGGACUACUGACUAAAGAAACCAUUAAAAAAAUGGCCGAGGAUCGUUGCGGUAAUAUGGAUGCUAAAUGCAGCACUCCAAAGUGUUUGACUGAAGACAGAUACAAUGCUCGAACUGCACAACUGCGAAAAAAAAGAUAUGUUGUGCGAAAGAAGAAAUGGAAGGUAUCCAGUACAGGUGCAUACAAUGUAGCAUACUUUUACGAGAACGACUACAAUCCUAAUGCUGCAGGCAAAGAGGGACACGAUAAAUCAAUGACUCCCGCAGCUGUGAAGCAAGAAGUAGAAGCAGGGUUUGCUGAGUGGACAAAAUACGCUGGAAUUAACUAUAUAGAAGUUGACGAUGAAGAGAAGGCUAGUGUGAAAAUUCGAUUUGGAUCAGGUGCUCACGGAGAAAAGAAAGAGAAAGCUUACUUUGACGGUCCUUAUGGUGUUCUUGCACAUAUGUACUACCCAAGAAACGGUAAGAUGCACUUUGACGAGGCCGAAAACUACACCGCAUCCCACGAAAAGCCGGGGAUAAGUCUGUUCUAUGUUUCUGCUCACGAAAUGGGACACGGCCUAGGAAUCGAACACAGCAGCAACAACCGAGCACUUAUGGCACCUUACUACAUCGGUUACCGAGAACAGAUGCUUCUUGAGGAUGACAUAAAGGCAGUCAGACAUCUGUAUGGAAUUGGGAACGGAAUGGUUUCGCCACUAGAAGGAGAAACCUAUACUGCACCAACGGGUCUUGCGUUAGGAGGAGACGAAGGAGCAAAGAAGAAGCAAGAAGAUGAUGAAGAUGAAGAAGGAGAUAAAGAAACAGAAGAUUAUAGGUGUGCCACAGGAGACACUGUUACCGUUCAGGAUACUAACGAAUUGGGGCAUUGCAUUGAAGAAUUCACCGCAGGAUUCACUGAUCCAAAUGAGGAGUAUAUCUAUCUUUUCUAUAAUGAGAACAAUUAUCUCCGCCUCGAAUCUGGUCAUGGAGGUAAGAAAUUCCCUAAAGUUAGCCAGCCUAGGACAACUUUUGCCGAGAUGUUCAUCAGUGAUAAAUUCCCUGGCAUGGAAGGCCCUUACGAUGCCGCGGUAACAGAUGAUGGCAACAAGAUCACCUACUUCUUCGUUGACGAAACAGUGACAACUUGGGACUGGGAAGCAAAUCAGAUAGGAGAUCUGAACAGGGAACCAAUUGAAAACACCAUGUUUGCCGGUCUCCCUGACUCCGAUGAAAUUGAUGCAGUUGCCAAAUUCGAUCAACAAUUCCUCUUCUUCAUUGGCGAAAAUUACUACAUCUUUUCCGUAGACGAUGGAAUUUUGGAUCCAGAAGGUCACCCAGCCACACUUGAUGGGGAACAGAUUGCCAGUGCAUUCCACUCCUUCUACAACGGCUACAUUUAUACAACCAUUGACAGCUACACAUCGAAUAGCAUCUACAAUCUAAUCAAGGCGAAAAGAAUCAGUAAAGGUGUAAACACAGCUGAAGAAUUCCAAGACGCCGUUAUGAACUCCUAUUCUAAUAUUGACAUGGAAGACGACACGAUGUUUGGUUGGCCUUGUGGUCUGGGAUUUUGUGGAAAUGAGUUGAAACAUGUGAGACCAGAUGUAGAAGACGAGGAAGAAGGCCCGGACGACGUAAGAAUUCCUGGACGCUAACUGAUUUACUAGAGAUGCGAAAUAACGAAAUCAAGAUAUACUAAAAACUGAUGAUAUUUUACGGUUAAAAUAUUGAUUUCAUGACAUUUAGAUUGAAUUUUAGGAACAUUUUAUUGAUGAUUAGGUUAUUAUUUCUUGUGAAUAAUGAAUAUGCAAUUUUUGAAAUACCGAAUCUCUUUGUACAGACGAAAUAUAUUAAAUAUAGAAAGAUGAUGAUAAAUCGGGACACUGAGUACACGGGAAAUAACCAAAGUUGAACGUCUAAACAGUAAGUGACUGAUCACGUGAUCGAUAUGUCACUUCUCUCUCUAGACUCAAGUUUCAGGUACUUUUGAGAAAAGAUACGUCAGUACUGGUGGAAGGAUUAGCUAUCUCAGACAUUCUAACAGCAGUCCGAGGGCACCUGUAGGUAGAGGAGCUCAUUGAAAUUGUCCUAUUUCUCCUAAUCUCCCGAGAGGACAUCCCCAACAAUGUGCUUAAGACCAAGUCCUUGCAGUGCCUAUAAAACCGAGCGUUCGUCAAUGUGUAAAUAAAAGGGUUUCCAAAAAGACUAAGAUAGUAAAUGAAACCCGAUAAAGCCCUCAGAAACUCCAGUCUGGUGUGAACGCUGUAACCGUGGAGAGCUGUGAGGAUGGUGUAGACGAUGUAAGGUAGGGAUGACACCAGGAACAGUCCUGACAAACACAGGACGGUUACUGGGGCUUUAGAGUUCCGGUGUGUGCCUUCAUUGGUGGACUUGAAGGCAUAUUUCAGGAGAGCGAAGUUGAGAGAGAGGAUGAGAAUCAUGGGGAGUACUGUAGCAAAAAUGUACAUACCUGCAAAAGAAUGUUUGAUAUAAAUUGUAUAUUCUGAUAUUAUGAACGAACGAUGGUCGACUGAAAACUAAUUUCUGGCCGUUACUUUGUUAACGUAGAAAUAAAAUGAUUUGGUUUGCGUAAUGAAAUUUCCGGUGAGUUGUUGUAAAAAUAAUUUGUAGUGGAUCAUUGAGAUUUAAACUAAUAUCAUGGACUUUAACUUACUGAGACGAACGAAGGAAGAUUUAGAUCUAUCGUAGACACAUCUGAGAAGGAACGGAUCGUACACAAUUUCAGAAUUAGUAAGGACCAUGGGCAGAAGGGUAACCAUGGCAGCAACACACCACACUCCCAAAGCUAUCCCUUUAGCUGUCGUCUUGUUCAGGUGAUAGACCACACUGCUAAAAGGAGCCGCGCACCGGCACGUCUUGUACGCCGUAAUGAACAGUAUGAGGAGAGUACCAGACUCGGCGGGCACGUACCCCGCGUACCCUGUCAUCACACACAGACUCCUCCACAGCGGCGAGCUCUGGCUCGGAGAGGUGCCCUCCUCCGCAAACAGGAAGUAGUUACACAGUGAUGGGAGCACCAUCAGUAUGGUGCAGAGGAUGUCUCCGGCUGCCAGGUUCUGGAUAAGUACGAUAGAGAACCCGUCCGUGUCAACAGAGUGGUACACACGGGCAGCGUUCAGCACAAACAGGUUUCCGAGGACACCGAGCGUCAGGGCAACAACUAGGUAGCAUCCCAGAAGGUAGUAUUCCAUUGGGGUGUCCAGAUAUAAGUCUGCCAUCAUCCU